AACCAACCAUUUUCUCUCACUAAACGACGUUUCUAUGUCUUUUCACCAUGGAUCCUGACAAACAGCAGUUAUCUUCACUUCCUUGACUCUCUCAUGUCAAUCCUCUCAGCUUCUUCCACACUGGCCUCUUUGUUUUCCUCUUCAACCUCAGGCAGGCCAGCAAAGCUUCACUAAGACCAACUUUCAAUCUCCAAUCAAUGCCGCCUUGAACAAGAUUGCUUGAAAAACAAAAUAAUGAUGCUGGAUCUCAAUAUUGAUUUACUCUCGUCCCAUUCUAACUAUUUCGAAGAAGACUCCAUUUCUAAUCUUCUCAUCCCUUCUAAUUGCUAUCCUUUCGAUAUCCUCAGAAAAGGAAAAACUAGCUUCUGCGACCUGAUCGCUGUCGACGACCAAUGCAACCACGAAUCGCCCCCUUCGUUGUUCACGAUGCAGCUUUUACCUGUCCCUGGAUAUGGAACAACAAUUAGCGAUUCCCACCAGACUACUGACUCAUCAUCUUUUUCCGCUAAAAAUUCGACCUUGAGAGCGCAAUGGUUGAAUCUCUCGUUACCUGAAACAACAGCAGUUGGGGAUCAUCUGGGAGCUUUACAGCAGCAGCAGCAGCAGCCACAGCCACAGCCGCAAAAACAGAAGAGCCGCCGAGGUCCGAAGUCUCGGAGUUCUCAGUACAGAGGGGUCACCUUUUAUCGUCGAACUGGACGAUGGGAAUCACAUAUCUGGGAUUGCGGGAAGCAAGUCUAUCUGGGUGGAUUUGACACUGAUCAAGCUGCAGCCAGAGCUUACGACAGGGCUGCAAUUAAGUUUAGAGGAGUUGAUGCUGAUAUCAACUUCAAUGUUAGCGACUAUGAAGACAACAUGAAACAGAUGAGAAACAUGACCAAAGAAGAAUUUGUUCAUUCAUUGCGUCGUCAAAGCACUGUAUUUUCGAGGGGUAGUUCUAAGUACAGAGGUGUAACCUUGCAAAAAUGUGGCCGAUGGGAAGCUAGAAUGGGACAGUUCUUUGGUAAAAAGUAUAUAUAUCUUGGGUUGUUCGACUCUGAAAUGGAGGCUGCAAGGGCUUAUGAUAAAGCAGCAAUCAAGAGCAAUGGUAUAGAAGCUGUGACAAAUUUUAAGCCCAGCACAUAUGCAGAGAUAAUGUCAGAUACUGACCAGAAUCUUGAUCUGAAGCUUUGUGUGUCUCCUCCCCCUUCUGAUGCUCUGACAAGUAGCAAUGGAAAAAGAGUCAAGCUUGAGAAUUUUGGCUAUGGACCUGUUUUUGGACUAGACAUGCAUGUUACACAACCAGCAUUCAAGAACCCCUCAACAUGGUCUAGCAUUGUUCCACAAACUCCUCAGGAAACAACAAUGUCAAAUUUGACAUGGAAGAUGCAGAGCCAUGGGGCUAUAAGACCGAUGGCUCUGUUCCCUUCUACUAGUGCUGCAGCAUCAUCAGGAUUCUCUUCUUUUACUGUGCCUGUCUUAUCAGACACGGGUCUUCUUCCUCAAGACUAAAACAGACUUGACGGUGAGAAAUGGUCUCUCUUUGUAAUGGUUUUCGCCAACAUUUCUAAUAUCUAGAUUUGUAAGAAUUAACUUGGUUGUGUGAACUUAACUGAUUCUGUCCAACUGCUGCUUUAUAUAUAGUUUGAACUUGAUCAAUAUUUACUCUUAUUAUUACA